UCGCUCGCGGGAUCUGUGGAUCUCAAAGUGCUGGUUCAGGUGGUUAUAAAGGCGGUAGUGGAACCUGAAAGCGGCUGUGAACAUUAAAUUAGCGUCCAAUACCUGCACCGUUAGCAAUGGCGUGGAAGCCCAUGGAAAUCAACCCGGAGAUGCUGAACAAAGUGUCCGGUAAACUGGGUGUUGCUUCGGACUGGCGUUUCGUUGACGUCCUGGGGCUGGAAGAUGACUCCCUAUCCUCUGUACCCACUCCGGCCUGCGCGGUAAUGCUGCUCUUCCCGUUAACACAACAGCAUGAGUCUUUUCGAAAGAAGCAGGCUGGGGAACUGGAAGGUAAAUGCAAGGGGAACCCCAGUGUGUACUUCAUGAAGCAGACGAUCACCAACUCGUGCGGCACGGUGGGCCUGCUGCAUGCUGUAGGGAACAACAAGGACAAGAUGGAGUUUGCAGGGGACUCCGUCCUGAAGAAAUUUCUAGAUGAGACCGCCGGCAUGUCUCCGGAAGACCGUGCCAAGCAUCUUGAGGCUAACACGGUCAUCCACACGACCCACGACGACGUGGCAGCGGAAGGACAGUGUCAGCCGCCGGAAGACGACGUGAACUUCCAUUUCAUCACCUUCGUCAACGUGGACGGGCAGCUCUACGAGCUGGAUGGAAGGAUGAAGUGUCCCGUGAAUCAUGGCGCCACGCAAGAUGACUCCUUCAUAAUGGAUGCCGCGAAAGUGUGCCGCGGGUUUGUGCAGCGUGAGAAGGGGGAGGUCCGCUUUUCCGCCUUGGCCUUGUGCAAGGCCUAAACGGACGGCAAGGGGGCGCGGUUCCGCCAGAACCGCUACAGCGCACACCUACCGCACAUAGCUUCAUGCUCCCUCCUACUGUGUAAUGGUGUCUUUUGCAAAUCAAGACUUCUGUUCAGUUUGCCGUACUUUGUUGGAAUCCUUGAAGUAAUGACUUUGUCCUUCCCUUCAGGCCGGUUUUUGUUGGAAUAUUCCUAAAAUGACGAGGCUUACUGCUAAUGAACGGCUCCCAUCAUCUGUAGUACUAUUACGAUGGCUGUGCCGCUGACAAGACUUGGUUUCUUGUUAAGUGUUAUUGCACUACUGGUCAUGGCCGCCCGUAUUUUAGGAUGGUUACAGUCCAGCUAAAUUUUCUUUGAAGUCAAAUUUUGGUCCAUCUGCUGCAUCAUGAGCGGCCACCAGAGGGCAGUCAAUGAUGUUGGUUUACAUGUCUGCUGUAUUCAUUUUUCUUAAAUGCAGAUUCGAGUUGCUCGCGACGUAGCAGGAAUGCAGCUAGUCGCAAUGGUAACUGGUAUUGACAGGACCUGUAGAAGUGGGUAUUAGCAAAGGGUGGGAUGAUGCUCAAACUGACCAACUUGGGGAUGGGGGGGGGGGGGCUCUUGUCACAGGUGUGGGAAGGGGAUGUUUUGUAGGCAGUGACCAAAAGCAUGUGAUUUUACCCCCUGCCCCCAUUGUGCAUUUUCUUAUAUGGUUCUGAAGGGUAAAUGUAUAAUUCCAGUUGAAUGCCUGAAAUAAACAAUCAAUAGUUUCCACGCUUGAACUUCUGAAGACAA